CAAUUUUUAUGUUGAAACAUUAGAAAGUCUUGUACCAGACAUAGCUGAGCGGAACGAACCAAUCGUCCGAUGUUUGCGACAAAUCAUUGCACUGAUAUGCUAUAUUGAUUCAAAUGAAAUUAAAGUUCAACAUUAUGAACUCCAUUUAAAAACGAUUGAUCUUGUGCUCCGUGUUUUAACUUCAGUAGAUAAUUUAUUUGUUCGAAAAGACAGAAGAAACAAGCUUUUUAGUGUACUAUUGCAUCGGUUAUUUAUACAGUUUAACACUUGUACCGACUCUUCUAGAUGUAAUUGAACAGAAGGGUUUAAGCCAAAUCCUUCUUCGUUAUAUCAAUGCUAAACAUGCAGAACAUGUACAAUUCAAUACUUAUCGAAUAUUAGCAGUUUUGAUGAAUGAAACUGAUCUUAAAACAUUGACAAAACCAAGAAAGAUUACAGCAUUGUUUAAAACUUUUUUCGAGAAAUUAAUCAAUGAUCCAUACCGACAGUUGCGAUUACGGAGUACAUUGAUUUGCUUGAAAACUCUUGUACAACACGAUGAAAUAAAACAUGAAAUGGUUUCACAAGAUGUUCUGCCUCUAUUAAUUCGUUGUGCUACAGAGCCGAAAUUCGACGUUGUACAAAGACAAAAACAUUCACUCGGUCUGCUUUGGACAAUGAUGUUCAAUGAUGGAGCUGCUACAAUAUUAAAAGAAAAUCAGAAGUUCCUGGCUCAUUCAUCUUGUGCUAUAUCAAAACAAUCACCUUCAUCUCCAAGACAGUUAUCAGUAAUGGGAAGAACCAAUAAUAUACGAAUGGUGAGUGCUAUUAUAAAAUCUGCAAUGAUUCAUUGUCUGUUUUCUAGACAACCCCUUGUUCAGACAGCGGGAGUGAGCACAAAGCAAACCAAAAGGAAGAUGAAAAACCGGUAGAUAGUUCUGAAGCUCUUUUGAGCUAAUCUGUUGAAUUUUUGUCGUAAGACCAUGCUGAAUGUCGUUUCUUACUUGCA